AUGAAUGACAGCAACAUGAUCAAACGAGCGGAACGCCCAGGCUUUUGCUUGAUAGGAAGUAAAGUGGUUGUGCUAGUGAAUCGCUACAUCACAUAUUUUUGCCCAGAAACAAUUAUCAAUAUGUACAAGUUUUCUGUGACUCCCGAGACAAAAUCAAAAGCUAUUAAAGGAGCAUUAGUAGAAGAACUCACGAAAACGAGUCUUGGAAAUAAAGUGAUUGCUUUUGAUGGCAUGCAUAUCUACACAAUCACUCUUUUCCCAUCUGAGUAUGAAAAAGAGUAUGUCAUCGAACUGAAUGAAGGUGCUAGUGAGGAUGCGUCGAGGAGUGUUAGUUAUAGUGUCACAAUUCAUUUGGCUAAGUCACUGAAAAUGCAAGAGUUGAAGGACUAUUACAAUGGAGAACAAAGUUAUGUUUCUCAGGAUAUUUUACAUGCAAUUAAUGUUGUCUUGAGAGCAUUAUCUUCAAGCUGUCUCAAUGCUCCAAGGGCAAUGUUUUCAACUAAGUUUGGUCCUAUAAUAGACACUAAAGAGGGGCUCGAGCUUUGGCAGGGGUGCUACAAGGGAGUUUGCUUGUCACAUUAUGGUCUUGAUUUGACCAUAGAUACAACUGUAGCACCUUUUUAUAAAUCAAUUUCCAUGGUCAAGUUUGUGGGUGAAUUUUUGGGCCGAACUGACUUCAACCGGGCUUUCUCUCAUAAAGAGUAUGCAAAGAUAGAAAGAGCUUUGAAAGGGGUCCAAGUUGAAACUAUCCAUCAUACUGAUAGAACUAUGAAGUACAGAAUUAAAGGGCUUAGUGUUGUCCCUUUGAAAGAGCUCAUGUUUUCUGUAGAUGAUGAUGGUAUCAUGACCACCGUUGUUGAUUAUUAUCAGAGUCGGUAUAAUUGCAAAUUGGAAUAUAUUCACUGGCCAAGUCUGCAGUGCGGUGUCUCUGGCCGUCAGAUUUAUUUACCCAUGGAGGUUUGCAAGCUUGUGCAAGGGCAGAGAUACCGGCAAAAGCUUAGUACCACACAAGCAGCGAAGUUGCUGAAAAUAACCUGCAAACGUCCUCAGAAUAGGCUGAACGGAAUAUUAAAGGCUGCGAGAGGUAAUUUUGAUGUUGAAGAGCUUACAGAGGGGGAGUUCUCGGCCACUGGAUUUCCUAAAGUGCUUUAUGGAUCUGUUCUAUCCGCCCCUUUGUUGAAAUAUGGCAAUGAAGAAAUUUUUAUGCCCAUUGGUGGACAAUGGAAUAUGGCUAACAAGAAAAUAAUUGAUGGAGGAAAGGUGGAACGCUGGGCUUGCUUGAACUUUUCUAAAGUACCAGCUUUGGAGGUGGAUAAUUUUUGUAGUGAAUUGAUUAACAUGUGUAACAAAAUUGGGAUGGUAUUUGAAGGAAAGCCAUUGGCAGUCCAGCAAUCAAGCAAUUUUAUGGACAUACAAUCCGCCUUGGAGUCUCUUUUGAGUUAUAUUUCGGAACUAUUCACUGAUGAGGGCAAUUGCCAGCGGCUCCAAUUGCUUAUUGUAGUUUUGCCAGAAGAAAAAGGGCACUAUGGUACUAUUAAGCGCAUUUGCGAGACACAACUUGGAAUAGUAUCUCAAUGUUGCUUACCAAAGUAUGUGAAAGCAAAAGUAAAUGUGGAAUACCUUGAAAAUGUUGCACUUAAAAUUAAUGUGAAGGCCGGAGGACGGAAUGCAAUUCUCCAGGAAGGAUUGCCAUUCUUGUCAGAUAUUCCAACAAUUAUUUUUGGUGCUGAUGUCAGCCAUCCCCACCAGGAGUGUACUCAUCUUCUGUUUCGGCGGUUGUUGCAUCGAUGGACUGGCCUGAAGUUGCAACGUAUAGAUGUGUAA